ACGUGUAUAACAGCUGUUGUCAAACUUCAACACUCGUUUCGAGAAGAUCCCUAAUCCGAUCGGAACAAAGGAGGACCACUUUUUAUCGAUCGUUCCGGCACAAUCGGAAUUUCGCCGCCGCCAUGGGAAAACGUGAAAUGAAGCAGAAAGAAACCGAACCGGUUGCGGCCUCCAUCAGCGACCUGCCCAACGAGGUUCUGCUGAUGAUCUUCAACCGGCUGGAGCUGGCCUGUCGACUGCGCGUGUCCCAGGUGUGUCACCGCUGGAACCAGCUGGUUUUCCACUUCUUUGGGGACCACUUUGCGCUCAAGCUGGACGAUCUGGUCGAUCCGGGGCUGCUUUCGAAGGAUCGGGUUUACCGGCGUGUGGAAAUCCGGUGUAUGUCACUGCUGCGGUUCAACAUGCUGCACGCGAAGCGGCUACGGGUGCUGGGGAGGCACGUGGUUGCACUUACGCUGGACAUUAGCGUAACGGACGGGGAUUUGUUCGUCGAGAUGCUGCGGAAGUUUCCGAACUUGGAGUCGUUUUCGCUGUGGACGGAAUCGUUCCGGAGCGACAAACCGGCGAGGAAUGCGCUGCGGAAGGUGCUUCCAGGGAGGAUUCCUUCGGUGCGGCACGUGACAAUUUACUGCAACAACGCGGCCGUUCUCGAUUUGAUGGCCAGGUUGGCGCCGAAUCUGCGCUCGCUCAACGUGACCGUUCCGGCCAAGCUGCUGUCCUCGUUGUGCCAGUGCGACCUGGCGGGGCUCGGUUCGCUGCGACUUUCGCUGGUUUUCCGAUCCAAGGCGCUGCUCUCGGAAAUGGCCUCCUUCCGGCGGAACGUAUUCGACACUUUCAUGGCAUCGCUCAAGAAUUUGAAGAAGUUUUCAAUCUUCAUUCGCGCCAACAGCUAUCCGGAGAUUUCUCCGCAAAUCUUCGCUUUAGCUUCCUUGGAACAACUGGAAGUGGCCACAACCGACAGUCCAAGGCCCGUCCCUGCCUUCGACGGCAUCUGGAACUUGCGCAACCUCAAAGUUCUCCGCUGUUUCAUCGAACGAAUCGCCUACCCGCCGGAACACGCCGUCAACCCGCUCGAACACCUAACCGAGCUCAACCUGGCCAAAGCGAUCGUCGUGGACACCUUUCAACUCAGACGCAUCUUCCCGAACGUGACCACGCUGGACAUCCGGUCCUGCCAGCUGAGCGAACCGGGCCUCGAAAGCCUCUCGCUGGCUUGGCCACGCCUCGAAUCGCUGACGGUUCGAAUCGCCCCCGUCGAAAUAGAUUCCCUAGUUGUGCUGCACCGGUUCGCAAAGCUGCGUCAACUCACGCUGCUCAACAACUACAUCAGCGACCGGGAGGACCUCGCCGUACUGGACACGGUGCUGGCCAUCGGUACGCUGGAGGAGUUGCGCGUCGAAGGAAAGUGGGACGGCGCUCCCGGUGGGCUUAAUCCGACCUGUCGGGUUUAUCGGAACGGGGAGGUCGUUGCCCGGGAAGAGCGGCCGCUGGGACGGCACGGCUUUUUGGAACUUUACACGCUGAAGGGUGACUGUGACGAAGAUUAGAUUGGUAGCGUAUGGGCAAAACGCUCAUUCGGAAUGAUUCUUUACGAUUUUUUUGUUGUGUAAAAAGUAAGGUAAUAUUUUGGAUACCUUUUAUUGAAUUAAUAA